CUCAAGUGGUGUUUUGGAGUGAUGAUUGCUCGCGUAUUCUUGGGGUGAUUAGCUAGGUUGCGAUGGAAGUCUUUUGAGAAGUUAGAAUUCUUCCGGACAGGUCUGGUUGCUUCAAGUAAUAACUGCUCUGCACACAGCAGCUGACAGUAAGUAGGAGCAGGAGCUCUCCACGGGAGGGUUUAUAAGUUGCCUUCAGCAUGGCCAAACGAACGUCGAGUAGUACGUCUUUCGGCUCGGAGCUCUGUCCACCAGAGAAGAUGCCUCGGAUCACGCUGCCGCCGCAAUCGCCUCAGCCGAGCUUUGCCGUGUCACGCUCCUCCAGCCCCCUCACUGUGGAAUUAGAGCGGAGAAAAUGUAUUGCUGUGAUGACGAGCGGAGGGGACUCUCAAGGUAUGAACGCGGCUCUGCGUGGACUGGUCCGAAUGGCCAUGUAUCGCCACGCCCGAGUGUUUCUGAUCUAUGAGGGUUACCAAGGACUGGUGCAGGGCGGAGAUCUCAUCAAGGAAACAACCUGGUACGGAGUCUCGCACAUCAUGGGAAAGGGAGGCACUGUGAUUGGCACUGCCCGUUGUAAGGAAUUCCGCGAGAGAUGGGGACGGCGUGCAGCUGCUCUUAACUUGGUCAAGAAACGCAUCACCAACCUGAUUGUCAUCGGAGGUGAUGGCAGCUUGACCGGCGCCAACUUGUUCCGCGAGGAAUGGCCCGAGUUGCUUCAAGAGCUGGUUGAGGAAGGUAACAUCAGUGCUCAAGAGCAGACGGAAUGCGAUCACUUGAAUAUCGUCGGGAUGGUGGGUUCUAUUGACAAUGACAUGUGUGGUACCGACAUGACACUCGGAGCAGAUUCCGCUUUGCAUCGUAUCGUGGAGGCUGUUGAUGCAAUCUCUUUCACCGCGUCCAGUCAUCAGCGUUGUUUUGUACUCGAGGUGAUGGGCCGUCAUUGCGGGUACUUGGCUCUGGUCAGCUCUCUAGGUUGCAACGCCGAUUGGUGUCUAAUACCGGAGUCUCCGCCUUCAGACAACUGGGAAAAGAAGAUGUGUGAGCAGCUGUGUAGGAGUCGAGAAGAAGGUGCUCGCAUGAAUCUCAUCAUAGUUGCUGAAGGUGCUGUCGAUCGGCAAGGCCAGCCAAUCUCAUCGCAAUACGUCAAGUCGGUUAUUGAGAAAGAGCUCGGCUAUGACACUCGUAUCACCGUGCUGGGCCAUGUGCAGCGUGGUGGUGCACCGUCGGCUUACGAUCGUCUCAUGGGUUGUCGAGUCGGAGCUGCAGCGGCCAAUGCUGUGCUGGAUGCUGACAAGGACAACGAACCAGUGUUAGUUGGCUUGCAAGGCAACCGUGUUGUUCAAUCACCGCUAAUGAAGUGUGUGCGUGAGACUCAAGGCAUAGCGGGUGCAAUGAAGGACGGUAACUUCAAGGAAGCUCUGUCGAUGAGAGCUGGUUCGUUUGUACGACACUGGGCAACAUUUCGCCGCUUGAGCCGUUAUGACAAGUUGCCUGUUGUCCCGGCGACGGAGAAGCUGCGUUUUGCUCUGCUGCACGUGGGUGCCCCGGCCGCUGGGGUCAACACGUGCACGCAGGCAUUUUUUCGCCUGACAACCUACCAUGGCCACCAGGUCUAUGCCGUGCACGAGGGCUUCGACGGGCUGGCAAAGGGAUCGAUUCAACUGCUUGAUCGUUCGCAAGUGCUGAAGUGGAGUGUUGCUGGCGGAUCUCAUUUAGGAACUAACAGGUCACUGCCGUCCAAGGAGGGUUUGCCACUUAUUGCUGAGCAACUGAAGAAGCAUCGCAUCAAUGGCUUGCUAGUUAUUGGAGGCUUUGAGGCGUUCCACAGCCUGUGUAUUCUGGAGGAUGCUCGCAAGGACUACCCGGCAUUCUGCAUUCCCAUGUUGAAUGUCGCCGCUACCAUCAGUAAUAAUGUACCAGGCACCGAUCAUAGCAUGGGAUGUGAUACUGCUCUCAACAUUAUUAUUGAGACCACCGAUCGUCUGAAGCAGUCGGCCGUUGCCAGUCGAAAGCGAGUGUUUGUGAUCGAGACGAUGGGAGGCCACUGCGGUUUCCUGGCAACGAUGGGCGGACUGGCGGGUGGGGCGGACGCUGCCUACAUCUUUGAAGAGAAGUUCACCAUCUCUGAUUUACAGAAUGACGUCCGGCACUUGGUGAGCAAGUUUCAGCAAGGCAUCUGGAGAGGCAUUAUCCUCAGAAAUGAGAAAUGCUCCCCCUACUACACGACUGACUUCAUCACAAACCUGUACUCAGCAGAGGGCGGAGAGCUGUUCACCACACGCUCCAAUGUGCUCGGACACAUGCAGCAGGGAGGACUGCCUUCUCCGUACGAUCGGCAUCUGGGUGUGAGAUUUGCCAAGUGCUCGCUGGACUUCUUUCUGGACCACUGCACGCUAGAACCGCAGCCGCAAUGCUCGUCAGCAACUGCGUGCACGGUGGGCAUGCGUGCACGUAAGACUGUGUUCACGCCAGUCAGUGAGCUCAAGCUGCGAACUGAUUUCAAGAACCGCUUACCGCUGGACCAGUGGUGGCUGGAAUUACGGCCGUUGCUCCGUAUUCUCGCCAAGCAUCGAGACUACCACUUCAAGCCUGGCGAUCUUGCAGCCGACGAGAUUGAGCAGAGCACCACGCCAUGAGGCCGAUGGCGCUGCUGCUGCAGCAGCAGCCAGCGCAUCAUCACCACCACCACCACUACCGCCUAACUAGAUAGCGUGCUUAUCCCCACUUCAUUACAAGCAAUCUUAUUUUAUUAGCCUGCUGGGACUGGGUCAGCCUAGUUCUUGGGAGACUUGUCAGUUGCUGGACAAGUUCACCUGCCAAGUGCUCCCCUCAACCUACUCUCUUGGAAAUAUGGACACUGACGGUCGCUCCUUCACAUCACACAGAUGAUGACCGUAUGUUCUCCUUGAUGUGUGUGUCAUGCUGCACUGGAGCUGGGUGAUCUCUGCCUCGUGCCUUUCAAUUUGUGUGUGUGUGUGUGUGUGUGUGUGUGUGUGUGUGCGUGUGUAUGUGUAUGUGCGCAUGUGUGUGUGCGUGUGUAUGUGGGUGUGUGUGGGUGUGCGCGUGUGUGUGUGUGUGUGUGUGUGCGUGUGUAUGUGUAUGUGCGCAUGUGUGUGUGCGUGUGUAUGUGGGUGUGUGUGGGUGUGCGCGUGGGUGUGCGUGUGUGUCUGUGUGUCUGUAUCUGUGCAUGUGUGUGUACAUGUGUGUGUGUGUGUGUGUGUGUGUGUGUACGUGUGUGUGUGUGUUUUUGCUGUCCGUGUUCGACCACGCUUCGCCCGGCUGGUAACUUUCUCUUGUCCUUUGACUGAGAGGAUGGGACGUGUGGACACAGGCAAUCGUGCCACCGCACAAAUGUCUGUCACGUGCAGUUCAUCGGUUGUCUUAGCUUGUCACUUUGCAAAUUUAGGUCCGAACGGAAUAUGUUAUAUACUUCCUAUUACAUUUUAUCACUGAACAAUUGCUUCUGCUGCACUCAACUAUUUUUACUUUCCGCCCGCACAGAAUAUCUGCUGUUGCUAUUAUAUUCACGCCCUAUCCUCGGCUUGCUUUACAUUAGCAGGUUGCACGCCGCACACUCUGUCCUGCCCGCCUCCAGGAGGUGUUGGUUUUGUUGCGAAGCCCGUUGGGCCUCUCCGUAGUGCAUUUACUCAAUGGUACCUUCCAAGUUCUGUGCGCUUGUUA